GGCGGGCCUUAAGUUGGGUAUAAAAGGCGCGGCCGGUGCGGGCGGCGGCUGCAGUUGUCACCGGCAGCAGCAGGGAGAGGCAGGGAGGGAGAGGGAGCUCCGAUCCCGGGACCGUCACUCCCCGUUGGCCUCUCAAAGGAGCCCUUUCCCCUUCGACCACCUCCUCCUUCCCUGCCGCCAUGACCACCACAACCACCUUUUCGGGCAUGGACCCCAGUGGCAGGAACAGCUCCAGAGUGCUGCGUCCUCCUGGUGGCGGGUCCAACUUUUCCUUGGGUUUUGAUGAACCAAAAGAACAACCUGUGCGAAGGAACAAAAUGGCAUCCAGCAUCUUUGGAACUCCUGAAGAAAACCCACCUUCCUGGGCUAAAUCAUCGGGGACUAAGAAACCAGGUGAAGUCAGAGACGGCUGCGAAUCGUCUGGACCGCAAAGAAGAAACUCAGCUGAUGCAAACUGUGGAGACUUUGUAGAUCCCAAGGGAGGAGAUGGUGGUGGUGAAACUUCUGAAAACACUGAGGCUGAUGUAGAAGCUACCCCAGGUCAGAAUGAAGAAAAAUCCCUGCCUGCUGCACCUGUUCCCAGCCCAGUAGCACCAGCACCUGCACCGUCCAGGAGAAAUCCACCCGGUGGCAAGUCCAGCCUAGUCCUCGGUUAAACCUUUCCCUUCCUGACUGUUCUGAACUCGUGUCUGUUUCUUUCCCCCAUGCUUGUGAACUGCACAACUUGAGCCUGACUGUACAUCUCGAAUUUCUUUCAUUAAAGAAGCACUUUAUGUACUCCAUCUUUUUUUGAGAUCAAGGGUUUUUUUCCACUUCUGUCCUGUGUUUCCCCCAGAUCUACUGGAAGUGACAUGAGUGUUUUCUAGUGAUAGACUUGAGGGAAAGCUUUAUGAAGUAUAGUAAUGUCAUUCAGAGGAGAGUAGAUUGGUUUUAAGUGUGCUUAGAGGGUUUUUGUACCGAGACUUUGGUUGUUUGGUUUUUUUUUAGAACCCCUUAGCUUUACAAGGGUCUAGAAUCCCAGUUAAACUGGCCAGCAAACAAUCAGCAAGAGCAAUCCCUUCCUCCACAUGUGGGAUUUGGGGAUCUAAAAGGCUUCAUUGACUGCAUGUGGUAAAUGCCUUGAGCCCUGCUGUGCCAUAUAAAUCAUAAAGUGGUUAGUGUACACCAUGCUGCCUUUAAAACAAAAUAAAUCCUAAUACUGGGCUACUAUGGAGCAGGGUAUGUGCCAAAUAGAGGGCUGAUGACCAGAGCCGCCUGGCCUAAUGCGAGGAGGGGAUUUAUUGAGACUUUAUUCAGUAAGGGUGGAGUGGAUCAUAUCAAUAAAUAACAAUUACAGGGCAUUUUUUUACAACUGACUCAAUGCUGUGCAUGAUCAUGCUGGUGCUUGACCAUGAGGUGAAAAUCUCAUCCUUUAAAGUGUGUGUUGUAAUUUCACAAAGCUGGACUGUUGCUUAAAAGUAAAUAAUAUAGAAAUUUUGAA